AUGACACCGACCCUGCAUGUGAGCAUCGUAUAUCCUACAGAGUCGUCUAGAUUGACGGCAUUGGCCUCCUGCGGUGCCCUGCUUGUCGCCGCAGAAGGACCAUUCUUGCGAUUUUAUGACGCCAAAAGUUCGCGGUAUAUCGCGUCAAAACGCGUCUUCAAAGCUCAUGCAGUGCAUGGUAUCUCCGUGUACUCCGAAACUUAUGAUGAUGUGAUCAAACUGGUAGUAUGGGGCGGUUGCCUCGUUCGGGCCCUUGAGGUCAAAUUUACCCCAAGAGUCGACUUUCAUGAGACGCAACUGGACGCCUGCCUGUCUGCCGUCGCAAGGUCCCCGGAUUGGAUUCUUGAUUUAGCUCCACGUUUCAGCAGCCUUGAAGAUGCUUCCGAGAUCGAGCAAGGGAUAUGUGUUGCGGUUACAGCCCACAACGCACUUGUGCAGGUUACUAUACAUCGCCAGCGCAAGGAGAUCGAACCUGAAAAAGCAUUUGCGCUGUCUUUGUCAGAGCUAACAUCAAGUUCUCGAUCCAUAUUGUACUCGGCCCAUGUCUUUUGGGAAUCCGAAAACUGUGUGCUGGUAGCCGCAGGAACUGCAUUUGGGGAGAUCAUGUACUGGUCUUGGAAUCAAGACGCGGAUGCCGGAUCAAACUCUCGCGUACAUCGAGUAUUCUUAGGCCACGAAGGCUCUAUUUUCGGAGUCCGCAUAUCCAAGGAACUGCCUUCAGGGUGUUGCCAAACCCUCAAGCGCAUCAUCGCAAGCUGUAGCGACGAUCGCACAAUCCGAAUAUGGGACGUUUCAGAUGUUGCGGUUCAUGAUUCUCAUAGAGUAACUUCUGUUCCAGUCAAAGAUUCUGAGAGGACCCAACAUACUGGCUUUAGCAAUGCAGCGUUUGACCCGAAUUCGUUCUCAAGUUCGCAGUGUCUAGCCAUUGGCUGGGGUCAUGCGUCCCGGGUUUGGAACGUACAAUUUCUGGAGUCCACGCCAUGUGAAGGAGCCCUCCUACUCGUAUCUACAGGCGAGGACGCAUCAUCUAGGACUUGGAAACUGACCUUAGACAAGAAUGAAGGAGCAAUCUUACCGUACCAACUACUGCAGCAGGACUCUGCUGCCCACCACAGUGGUAAAAACAUGUGGUCAAGCGCUAUCUAUGGUGAGCCAGUAAGGCGUCAGCAUGUAGUCUGUGGUGCCGCCGAUUCUAAGAUUACAAGUCAUCCGCUUGUCCGCGUUUCAGAGAAGUCGCGAGAGAGCAGAGUACAGGAGUACACUAUGCCUGACAUUCUGGCAUUAGCUCAAAUGCUUACGCAACAGCCCAACCAAACCACAGUCCAACGGAAUCGGACGUCCUCAAAAAGGGCAGAUUUUCUCCGGAGCUAUAGCUUUCUCGACCACGAAUCAUUUCUGCUCACCACAAACUCUGGCAACAUUCUUCUCGGGUCUCUGCGAUCACGGAAAAAUUCGGGGGGUCCAAGCGGACUAGCAGGAGCCACGUUCAUCGAUCAGUUAGACGAUCUUUGUGGCUACUCUGUCUGUAAAGGCGACACCAAUGCUGGAGUGGCAUUCGUUGGUGGAUCUACUGGCGUCGUCUACAUGUACAUCAAAGCCACCAACCGAUUGUCCAAAGUUGAGUCUUUCGAUGCGAAGAUUGGGGAGAUGUUCGUAACGAACGUAGCCCAUAUUGACAAACGCAUAACGGUAGCCCUCCUGGUCACUCUUGUGGGGAUGCAAGAAGCGCAGCUUCUGUUUGUGGAAGUCGCCGCGGACUCCAAACCGUGUGUCACUAGAGCCGUCACAGUCCCAUUGUCAGACCUACCGAUUGGCUCGAUGGUUACUAGUGUGACGCUCACCUCGUCCUUUGGAGCUAUGUUCCUUCACCUUGGGUUCCGACGUGGGUCGAUCGUAGUGUACAGCAUCCCUGGUGGUGAAUCUGAAGACAGCAACCGCGUGAAAUCGUUCAGAGCUAUAGAUAAAGUGCACGGGGAGGAAACGGUCACUUCUCUACAUUGGACGACAUCGCCACAGGAUACCUUCGUCGGUUAUCUAGCGUCCGUUGGAAGAGAUGGAUGUCUCGCUAUACACCUCCUGGAUCUGCACGCGAAUGUCUUCAAGUUAGUACACAACUCAACACUACCCAUUGGACCUAAUAUCGAAGGGACUAUUCUUCAAACACGGACCAUCUCCUCGUUCACGGAUUUUCGAGCAAAAAAAUGGGUGCUUUACGACGUGACGUCUGAAGACGAAAUCAUGGGCAUCGAAACUGGUGGCGCACAUCGAAGUUGGGCCUUUCAGCCAGACCAAGGAGCUCAGGGAGGAGGGUCGUUGGUAUGGACAAGGGCAUCCAGCCUGCACAUACGCAGCCAGACAGGGCCAAACCACAAUGUCAUCAGAUCAGGUGGACACGGCCGCGAGAUCAAAGCUGUGGCGGCAUCGCAAGGAGCUCAUGGCCAACUCAUUGCGACGGGAGCAGAAGACACCGAUAUCAAAAUAUUCCCACAUCUACAAUGGUCCGACGACGGCGAGUAUCUCUUCAGCAGUGGUGGUUGCGAAGAGUUCUAUAUCUGGAGGAUAAAUCACUUGCCAUUGGCUUUUGGCGCAGGUGUUGUGUAUAAAUAUAAUCCUUUGCGUGUCGACGUCAGGUGGCAGGCAAUCGCUCAAGGCCUCUACUUCACGUCCUGUUUGACACAAUGCGUGUUUCUUGACACCGAAAGCCUUUUGACAGUAGGCACCGAUGGGCACACCGCUAUCUGGCCCUUGUCUAGCGAAGGAACACGGCCAACAGCAGACUCGAAAACACAAACCCUCAGCUGGCAGCAACCUGUGCGAAUCCACCAGAGCUCGUCGAAGGCCAUGGCUUCACACCAGCACGAUGCGUCUACGAAGCUCAUUGUCUCUGGUGGAGAUGACGGUAGCACAGCCAUAAUGCUCCUCUCGACCACAUCCUUCAAAAAGACAUACGCAGCCGCACCCGUACUUUUGAACCGGACUCACGCAUCAGCAGUCACAGCGUGCGCUAUCAUGCAGCAAGGAGAGCGGACUUUCAUCGUCACGUCCGGGAAUGAUCAGUGGUUGAGGUUGUGGGAGGUUUCUGUUUGUGACCAAGAGGGCGAUAUCAGGACUCCUGCAGGAAACACAUAUGACAAGAGUAUAUCAGACGUUCGAAGGCUGGGCAAGAUCAAGACCAAUGUAGCUGAUGUUUCAAGCAUUGCGGUGCUAGAAGCACAUCAAGAGGAAGGGGUCGCGAGAGUAUUGGUAUGCGGCGUCGGGAUGGAAGUCAUAAGACUGGAGUGGGAUGUCAAUAACGGUACCUAA